AUGGCCAAAGCAGCAUCCUUGGCCACCUUAUUUGUAUUGCUGGGCAUUGCUCAGGCAGUACCAUACUUGCACCGACGACAAGGCUCUACAUUAGCAGCAGAUCAAACCGCCCCAACCACUGUGACCCAAGCAACAGUGUCUCAUGGACCGUACACGGGCUCGCCAGCAACCACUACCGGGGCUCUUUCAACGGCCGUUGUUGCGCCCUCUGUCCCAGCUCUGCCCCCCGCAAAUGACUCUUAUGAUUACCCUGCAGAUGGCAAGCUGCAUGCAGAAUUGCCGGCCCCAUUCACACCUAACGGAGGUAUCGGUACCAACGGAUUCGCGCCAGUGUACCGAGUGCAGAGCGACUUUGACUACCAGUCGCUCGCUCUGGCACUUUAUCAGGAGUGGAUUGAGUUAGACUUGUUCCGCUGGGGCUUGGAAAGGUUUCAAGACAGCGAGUUUGAAGAGUAUGGGAUCGACGCCGAAUCCAGAUAUCUUCUCCAGUACAUGGCCGAGCAAGAGAUCGGGCACGCCACAGUCAUUACCAAUAUGCUUGGGCCGCAAGCGCCCAUGCAAUGCAAUUACAACUACCCGGUCUCCAACGUCAGAGAGUACAUCGACUUCAACCAGAAGCUCACUCGCUGGGGCGAAGCCGGAGUUUACGGCUUCUUGUCUCAUCUGAAUUCGGGACCUGCCGCGCAGUUGCUUCUUCAAAGCAUCACUGUUGAAGCGCGCCAGCAGCUGAUUUUCCGCCAGUUUGGAGGGCAGUUCCCGAUGCCGGAGUGGCACACCGUUGGUAUUCCCCAGAGCUGGGCAUGGACCUUGCUGGCUCCGUACAUCUCCAGUUGUCCAGCGAAUCAAACUCGUCUCGUCUGGCAAAACUUCCCAGCGCUGCAUAUUCUCAACCAACCCAACCCGGCUCUCAUCAAUGGUUCGGCUGCGUGGAACGAAACGAUAGCCGGGUCAAGCAACACACUGUCGACUGCCAACAUUUCCAGCUCGGAGCUUUGUGUCAACGCAACCGACAAGGCGAUGGACUGCUCAGCAGCAAUUUCCCAGACCCGCAGUAUCCCGCUGUCUUACCCUGGCCGGCAGGUUUUCCUUCAAUGGGAUGAGCCUGGGCAACCGGUGGGACCAAACAACAGCUACAUCACGUCUAGCAACGUACAGGAGCCCAAGUUUGCAGCCUGGAUCUCACAGCUGAAUGUCACCUACACGUCGCUUCAGAAUGUGAACUUGCAAAACAGAUCUGCAUACACUAUUCAGCCAAACGCAUCGACCUGGGAAGGGAACCCGGCUGUAAAUGGCACAAUGUUUUUGGCGCUGACGGACGUGGACCUUUAUGUAACCCCAUACAACUUGACGCAAAUCAACCCUCAUGUCGCUGCCCUGGGUAUCUACCAGGCUGGCUAA